UUUUAUUUUAAAUGUGCUGGAUAAUUUGCCUGUGUUUAUCGCAUCUCUGCUUUGAAGAAUUGAGAUGCCAUUCUGAGAGAGAGAGAGAGAGAAGCGCUGGGCGAAGUAGGGAAGAAUGUGGAGAAGAGUUUUAGGCGUCGUCUCACGGCGGCGUUAUUCUACAGAGCCAGAGCCAGAGCCAGAAAUCCCAAGCCUCUACUCUUUUCUACGGCCGUCGAUCUUCUCUCUUAGAACCGCCAACCCACCCUACUCCGCCGCACCAAAACCCAACGACGCCACCCAAAAAUCCCUAACCCAGGACCAAAAAUCCCAUCUUGAGUCCGCCCUUCAAGCCUCCCUCACUGCCCACAACACAGAUGAGGCCUGGAAGUCAUUCAAGGCUCUCUCCAGCCGCACUGCUUUCCCAAGUAAGUCCCUCACCAACUCUCUCAUCGCCCACCUCUCUUCCCUCUCUGACACCCUAAACCUCAAGAGGGCAUUUGCGUCUGUGGUGUUCUUGAUUGAGAAGAACCCAGAAUUGCUCCGCCAUGAAACUGUCGAAAUUUUGUUGGAUUCAAUGAGGAAUGCCAACACUGCUGCCCCUGCUUUUGCAUUGGUCAAGUGUAUGUUCAAGAAUCGAUUUUUCGUGCCGUUUAGUCUGUGGGGGAAUGCCCUUGUUGAUAUCAGUAGAAAAACUGGUAGCUUAGUUGCUUAUUUCCACAUAUUUAAUGAGAGUUGUAGGAUUGCCAUGGAUGAGAAGUUGGUGUUCUUGAAGCCUGAUUUGGCUGCAUGUAAUGCUGCUUUGGAGUGUUGUUGCCGCGAGCUCGAAUCAGUUAGUGAUGCCAAUAAGGUGGUGGAUACCAUGUCGAUUUUGGGUGUUAGGCCUGAUGAAUUCAGUUUUGGACUAUUGGCCUAUUUGUAUGCGAGAAAAGGGAUGAAAGAUGAAAUUCUCGAGUUAGAAGAUCUCGUGACUAGGUUUGGCUUCCCCGAUAGCAAGGUUGUUCUUAGUAGUUUGAUUAGUGGAUAUAUGAAGUCUGGUAGUUUGGAAUCUGUUUCUGCUACUAUUAUGCAUAAUUUAAGGGAAGGGGUUAGCGGAGAAGGUAUAGGUCUUGGUGAGGGAACUUAUACUGAAAUCGUGAGAGGAUUUCUUGAUAAUGGGGGAAUGAAGAACUUAGCUAGUUUAAUAGUUGAAACUCAAAAGCUGGAGUCUUCUUCGAUUGUGGUUGAGAAAUCAGUUGGAUACGGUGUAAUCAGUGCUUGUGUUAAUCUUGGGUUGUUGGAUAAGGCACACAGUGUUCUUGAAGAAAUGAAUAUUCAGGGCACUUGCUUUAGUCUUGGUGUAUAUAUCCCGAUACUGAACGCAUACUGCAAAGAGCGCAGAACGGUUGAAGCUACCCAAUUGGUUAUGGAAAUUAGUAGUUCAGGGUUCCGGCUGGAUGCUGGUAUGUACGAUGCUCUAAUAGAAGCUUCUAUGUCUUGCCAAGAUUUUCAAUCAGCUUUCUCGCUGUUCAGGGAUAUGAGGGAAGCGAGAAUAUCUGACCUCAAAGGAAGUUAUUUAACCAUAAUGACUGGUUUAACUGAGAGUCAUCGGCCUGAACUCAUGGUAUCUUUCUUGGACGAGGUUGUUGAAGACCCUCGAAUUGUAAUAGGUACUCACGACUGGAAUUCCAUCAUUCAUGCCUUCUGCAAGGCUGGGCGAAUGGAAGACGCGAGAAGAACCUUCAGGAGGAUGACCUUCCUCCGGUUUGAGCCAAACGAGCAAACAUAUCUCUCUUUAAUCAAUGGGUACGUGGCGGUGGAGAAGUACUUCAACGUUCUGAUGCUAUGGACUGAGGUCAAAAGAAAGAUUUCUGCCAAUGGGGAAAGAAGAUUCAAGUUAGACAAUAGCUUGGUGGACGCUUUCCUAUACGCUUUGGUGAAAGGGGGUUUCUUUGAUGCGGUGAUGCAAGUAGUGGAAAAAUCUCAAGAGGCGAAGAUAUUUGUGGAUAAAUGGAGGUACAAACAAGCUUUCAUGGAGAAACAUAAGAAACUCCGAGUGUCAAAGUUGAGAAGACGGAACUUUAGGAAAAUGGAAUCGCUGAUUGCUUUUAAGAAUUGGGCGGGCCUUAAUGCUUGAGAAGCCUUAUUUUCCUGCUCACUCGCUUUCAUUAUUUUUUUGUCGUAAAAAGCACCAAACAAAGAAAUAUUCCAGCAGAACUCUGGGGCUUAUUGCUCACAUUCAAUGAAGGCACUUGCUAUUAAAUGAUCAGAGAACUUACAAUUUACUUUCGUAUGCCAAUGAUAUGGAAACAUUUACUUGCAGCAGCUCUGUUGACUUGGCUUUGGAUAUGAUGCAUAUGACCUUGUGCCUGUUCUGUUAAUCAUUUAAGGUGGUGACUGGUGACUCCUUCGCUGUCUCUCAACUAGCAGUUUUUCUACCCUACAUCAAGUACCUGAAGGUCAUGUUGGGGUCUACUGGAGAGGAGGUGCCCUUUUAAGCACAAUAACAAAUCCAGAGUUUCCACCGUCGGACACGACUAAUCCCCUCACUGAAUUAUAGGCACCUCUAUUGGGUGGGACACCUGGCAUGGAGAUUUAAAGCUGCUCCAUACCCAAAGCCAAAGAUCAAACCCUUGACCUUUGGUUAAGGAUGGAUGAGUCCCUUUCCACUCAACCACACCCCCCAGGUGAGGGAUAUUCCAUGUGGAACAAAAGGAGGUGUAAAUGUGUAAUGAUUAAAUUUGAGAAAAUUGAAGUAUAACUCCAAGGUCUUGUUGAUCACAUCCAAAUUGGAGUAAAUUAUGACAACACAUGGAUAUAUGACAAAAUGGAUCAUGAAAUUAAUCAGUUCUGCAGCACCCACAGCCUUCAACAAGUUUAUAUUCAUAUGUUUGAUCAGAUUGACGAGAAAAUGAAAGAUGCUCUUCAGGCCGACUGAACACGUUAAUUAUCAGCAUACGUGUUACAAAACCAAGCAUCCUAGAAAGCAUAAGAAGAAACUUCCAACACAUGGAAGAGGAGCGCACUAUGGUCCGUUUUCACAUUCGGGUCGGGAAGAGUGAAAUGGGGCAAGGAAGUCCACAUUUUUGGGGAUAGAAGAAUGGGCAGCGGAACGAUGAGAAAAGCAUCGGAGGCGGGAGAGAAAAUGAGUACGCAUCAAUGUAUAGGAAGAAGGGGUUAACUCAAAGAUGAUUGAAUGCCCUUUUCUCCUUAUCAUUUUAGUACUAGAGCAAGCAUUUCUGUUCAAAAUUUUAAAAAUAAAAAUAAAAAAUCGGAGCUUUGACGGUUUGGGAUAUUAGGGUUUAA